CCGCCAAACACCCCAAAUCCACUGACCGCCAGCACCAACACCAAACACCAAACACCAAACACCAACCAACAACCAACAACAAGCUUCGCAAGCUGCCCGUGUGCUUGUUGUGCGCUGGGGUUGUUUGUCAGGCAGCAGCACAAACCUCCACGACCCACCACUCCCGAACAAGAAAGCACCACCCAUCGGCACCGAGCCGUUCGCCCCUUUGCUUUCCUCCACAGCGUCUUGACCGCCAGCUCGUUUUCGUUCUUGCCACCGCUGUGUGUGCUUCAGGCCUUAAAUCUACCACCUUGGUCCUUGCACGCAGCCACCGUCGCUGCUUGCUUGCUUGCUUUCCUUGCUUCCUGCGUGAUACGCAACCAUGGCGAAGACAGCACCUGUGGCGCUGCUUGCCAUCGUUCUGACUGGCCUCCUGGCAUCGUCAGCCUCUGCACAAGUGUGCGUGGAUGGAGAGCUGGCGAUUGAUGGAGCCGAUUACCGAGGCACCGUGAGCACAACGCGCUCCGGCCUCACGUGCCAAAAGUGGACGUCUUCGACCCCACACGCCCUUGCUCUUGAUUUCUACCGCAUCCACGGCGCGGCUGCUGGCUUGGGCGACCACAACUACUGUAGAAACCCGGAUGGAACUGUUGACUUUGACAACCUCCAGGCGGAGGUCGUGUGGUGCUUCACCACGGACCCUGCAACCCCAUGGGACUACUGUGACCCUUGUGCUGUGGCAACGACGCCGGCGCCAACCUUCCCCACUCUUCCAACUGAAGACUAUGAACUGACGUACACGGGCGUCAACGGCGGCAACUCAAACCCACGGCGCUUUGCCACUGCGUUUGAUGAUGCCUCUGUCAUCGGACGGAUGGCGGGUGUGACGUUGGCCGACUGCACAGCCAGCUGCUCCGAAUCCAGUGACUGUGUCGGCUUUGUCGCCUAUUACCUGAGUGGCGAGGUGAACUUGCGCUGCAAUCUGCUCAGCAGAGCAGAGGGCGCCGUCAGCACCCAGCUCCAGAUUGUCAGCUACACUCGCGUCAGUUUCCCCACAACUUCUACCACGACCACGACGACGACCACCACCACCACCACAACAACAACAACAACAACAACAACAACAUCAUCAACAACAACAACAACAUCAUCAUCAUCAACAACAACAACAUCAUCAUCAACAACAACAACAACAACAACCACAACCACAACAACAACAACCACAACCACAUCAACAACAACCACAUCAACAACAACAUCAACAACAACGACGACCACCACCACCACAACCUCCACGACGACCACGACAACCACCACCACCACCACCACAACCUCCACGACCACAACUACAACCACAUCAACAACAACAACCACGACGACGACCACCACAACUUCAACCACAACCACAACCACGACCACAACUACAACCACUACCACAACCACAACCACCACAACCACAACAUCGACCACAACGACCCUAACCGGCGAGCCAGACCAGAUUGUGUGUGUGAACGGCCAGCGUAUUCAGGGCGGGCCCUGCUCCUGUCCACCAGGCUGCCACGCCUGCUCGCCUGUGGCGUGCAUCAUCUGCCGCGACUUCCUGUUCCUCGCAGAGGGACAGUGCUACGAUACGUGCCCGGAUGGCUAUUACGAAGGUGCCGUGUCCGAAUUUGGCGCCAAAUGCAUCGAGUUUACAACCUCCACUUCUACGUCAACCUCCACCUCCACAUCCACGUCAACUUCAACCUCCACCUCCACAUCCACGAGCACCUCCACCUCGUCCAGCACAUCGACUUCUACCUCCACGUCCUCAACGUCUGAGAUCCCAGAACUCGAGCCCAACGACCCAUUCUGUGUCGGCAACAUUCGCGUGGACAAUGGCAUGCCGUGCACGUGCGAAGUGGACUGCUUCUCCUGCACGCGCCGUCGCGAGUGCAUUGUCUGCAAGAAUGGCGCCUACCUCUUCGAAGGGGAAUGCCUGGAGACAUGUCCGUCAGGCUACCGUGGUGAAGGUCUCGGUGACUUCCGCCGCCGCUGUGUUGAGUUCACAACAUCCACCUCCACCUCAACUUCAACCUCCACUUCCACUUCAUCAUCCACCUCCACUUCCUCCUCCACUUCAACCAGUACAUCGACCUCUACCUCCACCUCGUCCAGCACAUCGACAUCCACCUCCACGUCCUCCACAUCUGAGAUCCCGGAGAUUGAGCCCAACGACCCAUUCUGUGUCGGCAACAUUCGCGUGGACAACGGCAUGCCGUGCACGUGCGAAGUGGACUGCUUCUCCUGCACGCGCCGUCGCGAGUGCAUCGUCUGCAAGAAUGCCGCCUACUUGCUCGAGGGCGAAUGCCUUGAGAUGUGUCCCUCGGGCUACCGUGGCGAAGGCCUUGGCAACUUCCGUCGUCGCUGUGUCGAGUUCACAACAUCCACCUCCACCUCAACUUCAACCUCAACCUCGACGUCUUCCACAUCCUCAACCUCCACAUCGACCUCUACCUCCACCUCGUCCAGCACAUCGACAUCCACCUCCACGUCCUCCACAUCUGAGAUCCCGGAGAUUGAGCCCAACGACCCAUUCUGUGUCGGCAACAUUCGCGUGGACAACGGCAUGCCGUGCACGUGCGAAGUGGACUGCUUCUCCUGCACGCGCCGUCGCGAGUGCAUCGUCUGCAAGAAUGCCGCCUACCUGCUCGAGGGCGAGUGUGUUGAGGUGCGUUCACCCGUCUACCUCCUCUUUCUUGGCUCACCUGUCGUUCUUCUUCUGCUUCCCUAA